UUAGUUUCUCAUUCUGCACUUCCAAUAUUUUCUUAAUCUUCAGAGAGAGAGGAGGGACGGAGGGAUGGGAGACCAAACAUCCGCUGGGAAGUUAACUGUAGUUUUCAAUAAGAUGACACCUUAUAUCCUAAUGGUGUGCGUGCAAUUUGGGUCGGCAGGAAAUUACAUAUUGAGCAUGAUAAGUCUUAACCGUGGAAUGAAUCGCUAUGUGCUCAUUGUGUACCGCAACGGUGUCGCUGCACUUGUUCUUGCUCCUUUUGCUCUGCUUCUUGAAAGGAAAACCAGGCCAAAGAUUACGUGGCCAAUAUUUCUACGAAUAAUGGCUCUCGGAUUCUUAGAGCCGAUCCUUGACCAAGGCUUCAGUUACUUGGGGAUGCAAUACACAUCCGCAACGUUUACAUCUGCCAUUAUGAAUGCUGUUCCUUCUGUCACUUUUGUGAUUGCUUUGAUUUUCCGGUUAGAACGAGUGAGAAUUAAGGAAAUACGCAGCCAAGCUAAGGUGGUUGGGACCCUAGUAACCUUGGCAGGAGCUUUGCUGAUGACAGUUUACAAAGGCCCUGUGAUUGGUCUACCAUGGUCUCAAAAAACAAGCCAACACGGAAGUACUGCUGCCUCGUCUGAUAAACAUUGGGUGACUGGGACACUUUUGCUCCUUGUUGGUUGUGUUUCAUGGUCCGCUUUCUACGUAUUGCAGAUGGAAACGUUAAAGAAGUAUCCGGCGGAACUGAGUCUAGCCUCCUUGAUAUGCUUGGCGGGCAGCAUGCAAAGUUUAGCCAUAGCCCUUGUUGUAGCACACCACCCUAGCUCAUGGGCCGUUGGCUGGGACGCUAGGCUCUUCACUCCCCUUUAUACGGGGAUUGUUGCCUCUGGAAUUACUUAUUAUGUGCAAGGUCUCGUGAUGAAGACAAGAGGCCCGGUAUUUGUUACAGCUUUUAAUCCCCUCUGCAUGAUCAUAGUCGCUGCCCUUGGGUCUCUUAUUUUAGCCGAGAAACUUCAUCUUGGAAGUGUUCUUGGAGGCAUCAUAAUCGCAAUUGGCCUAUAUUCUGUUGUGUGGGGUAAGAGGAAGGACUACACUAGCCCAGAAGAAUUAUCCACCACAGCAGCCAAGGGUAAUCAGGAACUCCCGAUCGCCACAACCAAUAUUGCUACAACUUAGGCAGCCAUUGCUGGAAACAAUAACUGAAGAAAAACCCAGUUUCCUAAUUACUCCUCUAUAUAUAAUUUGCGCACCCUAUCAUAACCGCAAAGAUCAGCCACAACUGAGACCUCAAGGUGUCACCACGGUGGGGCUUUUUAACUGUCUCGUUGUUGUCUUAUCGAAAGCGAGGUUUUUGGUGCAUUAGUGACAGCAGGUAAUGUUGUUCAACUAUAUAUAGACCAGGCACUUGCCAUUUCUAUUUUGCAAUCCCAGCCCCAUUAUAAGAGUGUGGCACCUUAAAUGAUAGACGAACAACCUUCUACAUUUUGUUUUGGAAGGAUUGGCUGUAAGGUACCCAUUUGCCCCAAAUAAUGUAUGCCUCUGUUUAAACAAGAAGAACGUACCUUUUGUAGCAUACACCAAGUCAUUCGUAACCUGUUAUAUAUGUGUUCGUACUGUUCGAAUAGAAGAAAAGGUUAAUUUUAGUGCGAA